GCGCUCUUCUCAGGACCGGUUCUCGGGCUGGAGAGAGCCACGGGGCCGAAGGCCAGCACCGGACAGGCCGCGCGGAUCCGGGGCCGAGGAGCCGGCUGCGGGCGAGCACGAUGGGCCGGUCCUGGCUCAGGGUGCAGCAGCUCCGGCGAGUGCGGGACCCGCAGGGCUGAGAGUGGUUGCGGGAGCCCCGACGCGCUCUGAACCUCUUCCCCUCGGCCGGAGACCUCAGCCUAGUCGGCGAACCGGCGCCGAGAGCGGGCGGCCUUCCCGUCCUCGGAGCGGCGGAGGCGUUGGAGGCCGGGAGGAGGGUCAUCGUGAGGCCUGAAGUCCCUCGCGCCUUUGACAGCUCCGCUCGACGCCCCUCGUGGGACGCACGGCCCGGAUCUGGGGGCGUGUGUGUCUGCGGAGCCGCGCGGCCGGCCCCGCUCCCCGCCCUGCGCUUCCCACCUGCUCCCCUUCCCGCGCAGAGUUAGAGGGGCCCGGACUUUCUGCCCGAGCAGGGGUCUCCGCACACUCCCCGCUCCCUCUCCCCGCACCGCCCCUUUCCCGGUUCUUAUUUCACCAGUUCUGGUGCAGCUAGUGUUUAAGGCUGGAGGUUCUCGAGCGCCUACUGCCAAGGACUCCCCCACCCCCUCCCCCGCUGAUGGAGUCCGAGAUGCUGCAGUCCCCUCUCCUGGGACUCGGGGAGGAAGACGAGGCCGACCUUACGGACUGGAACCUGCCUUUGGCUUUUAUGAAAAAGAGGCACUGUGAGAAAAUCGAAGGCUCCAAGUCCUUAGCGCAGAGCUGGAGGAUGAAGGACCGGAUGAAGACGGUCAGCGUGGCCUUAGUUUUAUGCCUGAAUGUCGGCGUGGACCCUCCCGACGUGGUGAAGACGACCCCCUGUGCGCGUUUGGAGUGCUGGAUCGAUCCUCUGUCGAUGGGGCCUCAGAAGGCUCUGGAAACCAUCGGUGCGAGUUUGCAGAAGCAGUAUGAGAACUGGCAGCCGCGGGCCCGGUACAAGCAGAGCCUCGACCCGACCGUGGACGAAGUGAAGAAGCUGUGCACGUCCUUACGCCGAAACGCCAAGGAGGAGCGGGUCCUCUUCCACUACAAUGGCCACGGGGUGCCCAGGCCCACCGUGAACGGGGAGAUCUGGGUCUUCAACAAGAACUACACACAGUACAUCCCGCUGUCUGUGUAUGACCUGCAGACGUGGAUGGGCAGCCCGUCCAUAUUCGUCUAUGACUGCUCCAACGCCGGCUUGAUCGUCAAGUCCUUCAAGCAGUUCGCCCUGCAGAGGGAGCAGGAGCUGGAGGUCGCUGCCAUCAACCCCAACCACCCGCUCGCACAGAUGCCCUUGCCGCCGUCCAUGAAGAACUGCAUCCAGCUGGCGGCCUGUGAGGCCAACGAGCUCCUGCCUAUGAUCCCCGACCUCCCGGCCGACCUGUUCACGUCAUGCCUCACCACCCCCAUCAAAAUCGCCCUGCGCUGGUUUUGCAUGCAGAAAUGCGUGAGCCUGGUGCCUGGGGUCACACUGGAUUUAAUAGAAAAGAUUCCUGGCCGGCUGAACGACCGGAGGACGCCCCUGGGAGAACUGAACUGGAUCUUCACGGCCAUCACGGACACCAUCGCAUGGAAUGUGCUCCCUCGGGAUCUCUUCCAAAAGCUCUUCAGACAGGACCUGCUGGUGGCUAGUCUGUUUCGAAAUUUUCUCCUAGCAGAAAGGAUCAUGAGGUCCUAUAACUGCACCCCGGUCAGCAGCCCACGCCUGCCCCCCACUUACAUGCACGCCAUGUGGCAAGCCUGGGACCUCGCCGUCGACAUCUGCCUCUCGCAGCUGCCCACCAUCAUUGAGGAAGGCACCGCAUUUCGGCACAGUCCGUUCUUCGCGGAGCAGCUGACCGCCUUCCAGGUGUGGCUCACGAUGGGCGUGGAGAACCGGAGCCCGCCCGAGCAGCUUCCCAUCGUCCUGCAGGUGCUGCUGAGCCAGGUGCACCGGCUGAGAGCCCUGGACCUGCUGGGACGCUUCCUGGACCUGGGACCCUGGGCGGUGAGCCUGGCUUUGUCCGUGGGCAUCUUCCCGUACGUGCUGAAACUGCUCCAGAGCUCAGCCAGAGAGCUGCGGCCCCUUCUGGUGUUCAUCUGGGCCAAGAUCCUUGCUGUGGACAGCUCGUGCCAGGCUGACCUGGUGAAGGACAACGGUCACAAAUACUUCCUGUCGGUCUUGGCGGACCCUUACAUGCCGGCCGAACACCGGACCAUGACGGCCUUCAUCCUCGCCGUGAUCGUCAACAGCUACAACACGGGGCAGGAAGCCUGCCUCCAGGGAAACUUGAUCGCCAUCUGCCUGGAGCAGCUCAACGACCCCCACCCCCUGCUGCGCCAGUGGGUGGCCAUCUGCCUGGGCCGCAUCUGGCAGAACUUUGACUCGGCCAGGUGGUGCGGCGUGAGGGACAGCGCGCACGAGAAGCUCUGCAGCCUCCUCUCGGACCCCAUCCCUGAGGUGCGCUGCGCAGCCGUCUUCGCCCUUGGCACAUUCGUGGGCAACUCUGCAGAGAGGACUGACCACUCGACCACCAUCGACCACAACGUGGCCAUGAUGCUGGCCCAGCUGAUCAACGACGGAAGCCCCGUGGUCCGCAAGGAGCUGGUGGUGGCCCUGAGUCAUCUUGUCGUUCAGUACGAAAGCAAUUUCUGCACAGUGGCCUUGCAGUUCAUGGAGGAAGAGAAGAACUACCCCCUGCCUUCUCCGGCGACCGCAGAGGGUGGGAGUCUGACCCCAGUGCGGGACAGCCCGUGCACCCCCAGACUCCGCUCCGUGAGUUCCUAUGGAAACAUUCGAGCCGUCACCACCGCCAGGAGCUUGAACAAAUCUUUGCAGAACCUGAGCUUGACAGAGGAAUCGGGCAGCUCGGUGGCGUUCUCCCCCGGAAACCUCAGCACGAGCAGCAGCGCCAGCAGCACUCUGGGCAGCCCCGAGAGCGAGGAGUACAUCCUGUCCUUCGAGACCAUCGACAAGAUGCGCCGCGUCAGUUCCUACUCUGCGCUCAACUCCCUCAUCGGUGUUUCCUUCAACAGCGUUUACACUCAGAUUUGGAGAGUCUUACUGCAUCUGGCUGCGGAUCCCUAUCCAGAUGUUUCCGACUUGGCCAUGAAGGUGCUCAACAGCAUCGCCUACAAGGCCACAGCGAACGCCCGGCCGCAGCGGGUCCUGACCACGUCCUCACUCACCCAGUCGGCCCCCGCCAGCCCCACCAACAAGGGCAUCCACAUCCACCAGGCGGGGGGCUCCCCACCGACAUCCAGCGCCAGCAGCUCCAGUCUGACCAACGACGUGACCAAGCAGCCAGUUGGCCGAGACCUGCCCGCGGGCCGCCCCGGUGGCCCAGGCGCUGCGGGGGUGCAGUACACGCCACACUCCCAGCAGUUUCCCCGCACACGGAAGAUGUUUGACAAGGGCCCAGACCAGACCACCGACGACGCAGACGACGCUGCGGGGCACAGGAGCCUCGUCUCGGCCACGGUGCAGACCGGCUUCUGCGACUGGAGCGCCCGGUACUUCGCCCAGCCUGUCAUGAAGAUCCCGGAGGAGCACGACCUGGAGAGUCAGAUCCGCAAGGAGCGCGAGUGGCGGUUUCUCCGCAACACGCAGGUCAGACAGCAGGCGCGGCAGCUCAUCCAGAAGGGUAUCGCAAAACUGGACGACCAGAUCUUUCUGAACAGGAACCCCGGCGUCCCCUCCGUGGUCAAGUUCCACCCCUUUACGCCAUGUGUGGCCGUGGCUGACAAAGACAGCAUCUGUUUCUGGGACUGGGAGAAAGGGGAGAAGCUGGACUACUUCCACAAUGGGAACCCUCGGUACACCAGGGUCACGGCCAUGGAGUACCUGAACGGCCAGGACUGCUCGCUGCUGCUCACGGCCACGGAUGACGGCGCCAUCAGAGUCUGGAAGAACUUCGCAGAUUUGGAAAAGAACCCAGAGAUGGUGACUGCUUGGCAGGGGCUCUCGGACAUGUUGCCGACAACCAGAGGAGCUGGGAUGGUGGUGGACUGGGAGCAGGAGACCGGCCUCCUCAUGAGCUCAGGGGACGUGCGGAUCGUCCGGAUCUGGGAUACGGACCGGGAGAUGAAGGUGCAGGACAUCCCCACGGGCGCUGACAGCUGCGUGACAAGUCUGUCCUGUGACUCCCACCGCUCUCUCAUCGUGGCUGGCCUUGGCGAUGGCUCCAUCCGCGUCUAUGACCGGAGGAUGGCACUCAGCGAAUGCCGCGUCAUGACGUACCGGGAGCACACGGCCUGGGUGGUGAAGGCCUACCUCCAGAAGCACCCCGAGGGCCACAUCAUGAGUGUGAGCGUCAACGGGGACGUACGCUUCUUCGACCCUCGGAUGCCCGAGUCUGUGAAUGUCCUUCAGAUCGUGAAGGGGCUCACGGCCCUCGACAUCCACCCCCAAGCAAACCUGAUCGCCUGCGGCUCCAUGAACCAGUUCACGGCGGUCUACAGUGGGAGCGGGGAGCUGGUCAGCCACAUCAAGUACUACGACGGCUUCAUGGGCCAGCGCGUCGGCGCCAUCAGCUGUCUGGCCUUCCACCCGCACUGGCCUCACCUGGCCGUGGGCAGCAAUGACUACUACAUCUCCGUGUACUCGGUGGAGAAGCGCGCCAGAUAGCGGGUGCCCGCCCUGCCAGGCCUCCGUGUGUACAUAGUGGACCCGCCGCGCCGCCCUGAACACUGGUCCUGACCUGCUGCUGAGGGCUCCAGGAGGCCCCUCGCUGUCUGUCCGUCCGUCUGUGGUCACUGUCGCGCCCGGGAGCCCAGGGAAGGGGCCUCUGGUGGAGUCCUGCCGUGUGACAGCCCAAGGACGGUCACAGACAUCCCAGCACCCUUUCCGUCCUGUUUUGCUUCUGAGAUUUUUAAAGAGGGAGACACACUCGUUCUGUUUUGCGAGGGACCCGAGCAUUGGCUCCACAAAAACUCCGAGACAGAAGCCAGCUCCCCAGGGCUCGGCCACCCUGGCGGACGGGGGAGCGCUAGCGCUCAGCGUGGGUCUCUGGGCCGCUGCCUGGCCAUGAGCCGGCCUGGGCCGCCUCCCCCUGGCUACAAGCUAGCCGGGGCUGUUUUCUGCGCACACGCUCCUGGGGGCAUUUCCAAGCACCCCGGGAGGCAGGGGCGUUCGAGAGACAGAGCCGGCGCGCGUACGAGGAGACAGCCCAAGGCCCCUCGCCAGCUGCCAGUCCCUGCCCCACUAGGGGCCUUCGUGGCCAGAUGGUGUGAGGACUGUCAGUGCCCCUCCGCCACGCAGCCCACCUUCCCGGCACAGGCCCCUCUCCUCACAGACCCGCUAGCAGAAGGGGCCUGUGGCUUUGGAUGGGUGAGGCAGGUCGGUGGCCAUUCAGCCACCGUCUUGGGCCACUGGCCCCGCUUCUCUUGAGUGCUGCUGUUCCCCAGGCAGGUGCGGUGACGGUCACCAGGCCUGUGGCCUCCCACACGGGUGUACACGCAUGUGCAGAGCCCAUGGUUUGCACACCCAAGCCCACACACGAGUGCACACUUGUGCGGUCCUGAGGCCUCCCACCUGCAUGGGCGUCACACACGUGCACAGUGCAAGGGCAUCUGUGGGUCAGUAGUGGCCCGUCUGCGCCGCCACUCGCUGGUGUCUUGCAGUGAGUAAUGCAGAGAAGGUUCUUGGUGACUGCUGGGCGUGGGUCAGGGCGUCUGUACAUGUCUGCACACAGGUGUGCGUGUCUUCACGUGUGCACGACCUGGGGCCACGGGGAUGGCGUAGCCCCAGGAAGGACAACAGAGAAUGUGCUAAGCAAUUACAAACAGCGCUUGUAAAACAAAACCACAAUGACGAUAUUCUGAAAAGCAUUUUUUCCAUUUUCCUUGGGAAUCAAGAUUAUUCGAUAGAGGAGUGAGCUGGCUUAACUAAUUCUGCCACUACGAGGCCAUAAUCGUGGGAAUGUGAGUCCCCUCGAGCUGUGGCCGGCACUGUGCCUCAGCCAGGGCUGCGUACCCGGGGACCGGGCAGCACCGGCCUUGGCGGCCUGGGGGACCCCCGUGCGCCCCAGGAGCCGGCUCCGGGCCGGGGUCCACGUGGGCUCCCGGGCCGCCGGCACCCGGCCACCGGCUGGGUCGGGAGCAGUAGACUCCGGGCCGAGGAGCGGAGCCGGGCCGUCUGUGCGGACGCAGAACCGCCCGCCCCGGGGCCGGCAGGGGCUUCCCGGGUCCGACGCGAAAGUCCAAUCAUGGAGUUAACCGGGGCUCCAGAGAGCACGCCCUGAAGGUUCGCUUAUCUCUAUUUAUUUUACCAAAUGAGAAUUGCGGAGUGAGUGAGAGCAAACGACAGCUGUUCAUGACAAUAAACAAGUGCAGAGGUGA